AGGAGGAGGUGGAGAGACUGCAGAGAGGAAGCCGAGGCAAGGAGGAGGUGGAGAGACUGCAGAGAGGAAGCCGAGGCAAGGAGGAGGUGAUGCAAGACUAGAGAAGACACCCUGCAUGCAAGGAACCUGUGGAGGGAGCGCGGCCCGGGACGACGUGCCGACCUUGGGGAAAGGGAUCAAGGUCACGCGUCAGAAGCCUGAGUACGAUCUUAACAAGAAUCUCGCGUCGCCAGCGCUGCCUUCCCGGGGACGCAUCCCGGUAGAGCGGCCACCGACCCGUCCCGGGGCGAUCACCAUGGCAACACGUGCGGUCGUCGACGGCAACGACGUCUCUAGGGUCUGGCCUCCCGUCGCUAACGCCAACUCUCGGUCGGAAAUUAUUAGUAAUAUGUCCCUAACGAAGAACCCCGCUAACAAAUAUACCGUGACGAUUCAAUCCCAAAGUAAACCCUCGUUAAUCACACCACCCGUAAGUAAACCUUCACUUAUGACAUGGCCCCCGCAUAGAUAUUCACCAAUGACACAGCCCCUAGACAAGUCUUCACUGAUAACACGGCCCCCAGAUAAAUCCUCGGCGGUGAGACAGCCCCCCGGCACACAUUCGCUGAGGUCACGACCUCCAGACAUGCUGGGACGAGACUCGGAGAAGCGCUCCGAGUACAACAUCGUCAUACGCAGCGUGUGCGCGAGCAUCCGGCCAGCAGGGGGCGCUGCAGAGCGGCGAUGCCGCGCCGCCGCCAUGCACUCCCAUGACUCGCUGUACGGCAUCGAAGAACUUUCACGUGACGACAGCCCUGCCACCAGGUGGCGCUCGGGUAGCGUGGCACGUGACGACAGCCCCGCCACCAGGUGGCGCUCGGAUAGCGUGGCACGCGACGACAGCCCUGCCACCAGGUGGCGCUCGGGUAGCGUGGCACGUGACGACAGCCCCGCCACCAGGUGGCGCUCGGAUAGCGUGGCACGCGAUGACAGCCCUGCCACCAGGUGGCGCUCAGAUAGCGUAGCACGCGAUGACAGCCCCGCCACCAGGCGGCGUAUGGAUAGUGCGACCCAGCUACUUGACCUUUCUACGAUGUCAAGGUCGGAGCCAAACUUGAGCACAGAGUCGACGGAGACGCUUCUGGAAGACAUGAAGAUCUUCGCUCUACUCGAGACGAUUCAGUCGGAACCUAACCUCGCAGACGCGACGGUGGUGCCACCUACGCUGACCGCUCACACGCACAACCAAUCGCAGCCGCUGCCGACUGUUUACAGGCACGGCCACCAGGUGGGGCUGCUGGAGACGGACAUCGACGCGGUGUCACGCAGCGUCGUCAGUCUUGAGGAGAUUUACAAGUCUGAGCCGGACCUCUCACAGAGGGCGCCACUGACCACGGCUCUGCUAGGAGGCAGGCGAGUCAGGCAGGCAGGCGGCGGGGGCGCGCGCGCACUCUGCAUCGUGAAGGAAACACACUUAUAGCUCCCUCCUCCUCCUCCUCCUCCUUUUCCUCCACCUCCUCCUCCUCCUCCACCACCUCCUCCUCCUCCUCCUCCUCCUCCUUUGUCAGACCCUGCCAACCUAGCCGCAUUUGUUCCAGACUUCCGCGCUAGUCCUGUGUCACAUGUCCUGUGUCACAUGUCCUGUGUCACAUGUCCUGUGUCACAUCUCGGGUAGCUUGCCUUCAGCAGUGUGCAGCGUCGAGCCGCGCGAUUGGUCGAAAACCCACCAGGUGGAGAUUCACACGGGUGUAGCCAAUCGGAGAGCUCUGGCUCGUCAUGUGCGCAUGCGUAGUUUGUGGGAAUCAGGGAGCUUUGUUAAGUCAGUGAGCACCCGUGCAUGCACGAUGUAAGCGUGUAAUACUAGGUUUGCGGUGCACGCAAGGCUAGCAUACCCUCCCCCGCUGACUAAGCAGCUCGAAUGGAGAUGAUAUACUGCAUGUGUGAUCGCAUUCUGUUCCGAAAUGACAGAAGAUUUUGCUAGUCACCCAACGAGGCUUAUUGUAUAGCGUGACCCUAUUUGUAACUUGAUCGAACAGUGAUAAUGGAUCUAUAUCAAGAGUCGAUAAUAGAAAAUGUUCUAUUAGGGAGUCUUGAUCUAUAUGUAUUAUGUAUAUAUAUAUAUACAGGCGCGUAG